CGAGUGUACAUUUUAUGUCACAAGAACAGGAGGCCCAGCAAUUCUUGGACUCGAUACCUGCAGGAGGUUAAAUAUUGUGUCGGUCAAUACUGAAGUGAAAGCAGCUCCAAGCAGGAUUUUAAGUGAUAUGCCUAUCAAAAAUCGACCACCAAUCACAAACAAAAAGGAGAUGGAAGGACUAAGCAGAAAGGUCCACCACAUUGUAAAUGUGACAACCAAUAAGAGCAUGUACAAAGACAUAGAAAAGUACAAAACCUCACAACAAAAGGAGGAAAUGAUAUCUGGUGACAUCCCAAGAAGGCCAUGGCAAACUAUUGGAGUAGAUCUAUUCACAGAAGGCCAAGAAUGGUAUUUAAUAAUGGCCUGCUACUACUCCAAAUUUCCAUUUGUGAGAAAAGUGAAAGACCUGACAAGCAAAACAAUCACUACAGUGGCCCGAGGACUCCUAGCAGAGCAAGGAAUACCAGAGCAGAUCAUAUGUGACAAUGGAACCCAGUUCACGUCACAAGAAUUCAAAAAGCUAGCCGAUGAGUAUGGGUUCAAUAUUGCAACUUCAUCUCCACACUGCCCCAAAGGUCAUGGGUUUAUAGAAAGACAGGUGCAGACAGUGAAGAGAACACUAGUCAAAUGCCGGAAGACUAGGGAAGACCCACACCUGGCACUUAUGUCCCUACGAGCGACUCCACUGAGAGCUAAUAUGAAAUCCCCAGCAGAAUUGCUGAAUGGCAGGAAGUAUAAAACUACCCUGCCAACUAAGAUUCAACCUCCUAUUGACCAGAAAGAAACAAGGGCCAAGCUAGCAGCCACUCAAGAACAAGCACAGAGGCAUUGCAACAAACAUGCACAUUUACCUGAGAUGCUUGGAGGACAACAUGUGCAUACUCAAGAUCCCAUAACUAAAACAUGGAUCCCAGCAAAGGUUGUCAGUAGAGCUGAAACUCCAAGAUCAAAUAAGAUAGAAACAGAAUCUGGUAGGCAGCUGAAACAACAGGGCCCACAUCCGCCCAACACCAGAGCUGCCGAGGAAAACGUGUACAACACACCUCAGACACCGGUGCGAAGCAGAAGAUCCACCAGAUGGAGAAAGAACAUUCUGCCACCGGUUCGAUACCGCUAAAGAAAAAGAAAAGACAUGAUGAAAAUCCAUGGAGCAAGGGAGACUACUCAUAGUUGUCUUCACUGCCAAGAGACCCCCUUUUUUUUUUCAAGAAGAAGGGAUGUUACAUAUUCAUAUCUGUGUGUUUGCGAAUGCCAAACUACUCCAUACUCUUGGCACUAUUUGUUAGUGAACAAUACAAACUGUGUGUUAAGUAAACAAUGUAUCACUACACUAAUGUCGUCCGUAUA